AUGCGGCUCUACGGACCUAUCAGAAUGCUUGAUGAGUCUCUACUCAGAGACCUUGGUCCCAUCCAGUAUAUAAGCCAGACCUCUUCGAAGCAUCCACAUCAGUUCUACUGCACUAGUGAACAGAUAUCUUACAACAAUGGUUUCCAUCAAAUUCCUUUUCAUCUUCGCUUUGGCCAUCGCCUGCGUCUUCGCCAUGCCAGCCCCUGA